AUGCCCGGGGCGCGCCCUGGACAGAUUAUGGCUGGCGUUAACCAUGGGAGUGUUCCAUCGAACACGGUUCUUGGUCUUGGUUUUUCCAAUUCGGCAGCGCCUGAAGUGUCAGGUGGCCGUGGUGGUGAGCAGGGGACUGCGACUCAUGCUACGGUGAACACGUUUGUGUUUGGAAGCGGUAGCGCGCGCACGGUGGAAUCUUCUGUUCAGAGAUCCUCGUCCGGGGGUAUCUCCAUGGUGGAAAACCAUGAAGCGAUUACAUUCAACCUGCAGGAUGGCGUUGCUAAGAUUGGUGAAAAGAAGUUUGAUGUUGGCAAACGGCAACUAUGA